ACUGUUCGAAGUCAGAUUUUGAAUUUGGAAUUGUGCGUGGUGAAACUCAGUAGUCGCUGGCCGGACUCGCACGCGUGAGGGCGUCUCGUCCGAGAUAAUUUAGAAAUUUUAAAUAAAGAAAUCGUUUUUUUAUUUUCACGCAGAAGAUGGAUGGGUAUUUUUUGAAGAAUAUAAUUUAGAGUCCAGUCACCCCGCACCCUCCCACCAUGGGCGUCGCGUCCGACGGCUUCGGAAGCGGCUGGCGCGCCAAGAUCGACGCCUGCCGCGAGUCCAGGAAGCUCGUGCUGAUCAUCGUCGCCAUAGCUCUACUUCUCGACAAUAUGCUUCUCACCACCGUUGUACCGAUUAUACCGGAGUUCCUCUACGAUAUCCGUCACCCCGACGCGCCGCUGUCCGUCUCGCUGGAGGACAUCACGACGACACCGCCCCCACCGACGCCAUACUGCCCCUGCCUGCAAGUUAACACUACGCUGUCAGUCGAAAACGUCACCCAGGUGAACAUAACCGCUGAGAAGGAGUAUCGACAUAAGGAGUUGAUACAAGAGACUGUGGCUGUGGGCGUGAUGUUCGCGAGCAAGGCGAUCGUGCAGCUGCUCGCGAACCCCUUCGUCGGACCGCUCACUCACAAAAUCGGAUACAGCGUCCCAAUGUUCUCUGGCUUCAUCUUGAUGUUCCUGUCCACGCUGAUAUUCGCCUUCGGGCGGUCCUACGGCGUGCUGUUCGUGGCUCGAGCUUUACAAGGUAUCGGCUCUUCAUGCUCUUCGGUGUCCGGCAUGGGCAUGCUCGCCGAACGCUAUCCCGAUGACAAGGAACGUGGUAACGCCAUGGGCAUAGCUUUGGGAGGUCUCGCCCUAGGCGUACUAAUAGGACCUCCUUUCGGUGGGCUCAUGUAUGAAUUUGUUGGCAAAACUGCGCCUUUUCUCAUGUUGUCUGCGCUCGCCUUGGGAGACGGAUUGCUGCAGCUGAUGAUCCUGCAGCCGGGCGUGGUGCGGCAGGAGACGGAGCCACCCUCGCUUCGCCAGCUCGUCACUGAUCCCUACAUUCUAGUUGCCGCUGGUGCUAUAACAUUUGCGAAUGUGGGAAUAGCAAUGCUGGAGCCAAGUCUACCUAUAUGGAUGGCGGACACAAUGGAAGCUCGACGGUGGCAGCAGGGUGUGGCGUUCUUGCCGGCCAGUAUCUGUUAUCUCAUCGGUACAAACCUAUUCGGACCCCUCGGUCACAAGAUGGGCCGGUGGCUGGCUGCUUGCUCUGGUCUGGUCAUCAUCGGCUUAUGUCUCAUCUUGAUUCCAAUGGCUCGCAAGUUGGAACACUUAAUCAUUCCCAACGCUGGACUGGGCUUCGCCAUCGGCAUGGUGGACUCGUCUAUGAUGCCCGAGCUUGGAUUCCUCGUCGACAUCAGACACGCAGCGGUCUACGGAUCUGUCUACGCUAUAGGAGAUACAGCUUUUUGCCUUGGAUACGCUGUUGGUCCUGCGUUUUCUGGUACCCUGGUAAACAGUAUCGGCUUCGAGUGGAUGCUCGUCAUAAUCGCGAUCCUCAACUUCGCGUAUGCCCCUCUGCUGCUGCUGCUCAGGUCACCGCCAGCAAGAGACGAGAAACAGAGCCUGAUUAUUAGCGAUAAAUCGUCUGUACGCUACGUGAGCUACCAAAACGAGGAGGAAGAGUGAAUGCCGCCAUUUCAACGCCGCCAUGACGCCAUCUUGAACGUUCCCGCCAUAUUUUUAUUUUUUUAAAUAUUUACCACGACUUGGGAGUGAAUAUUAUGCCGAAACAACGGGUUUGCGUAGAUAAUAGAAAAGUAAAUAGACGUCUAAGGAGUUCGCUGUAACUAUGCCUAAAGUGUAAUAAAAAAAAGUAUGUAACGUAUGUAGAUUAUAGAAUUGUGUGUGACCACAGUUUAUAUAAAGUGAUUGCCCAAAUAUAGAUUAUAUAUUCUCAAUAUAUAGGUACAUAUAUGUAGUUUUAUAAUACUUGACCAAUUUUUCAAGUAUAUCAUAUAUACUAUAAGUAUAUAUAUAUUAACAGGUGUAUCCUAUCUCUAUAUUAUAGUACACAAAAAUGCCAUAUUGUCAGGGUGUCUGUAAGGUAAUUGUAAUACAAAACAUAUCUACCUGUGUAUUACGAACUUUUCCCCGCUAUAGUUGUUUCCUUACACCCUUUAUAUUCAUAGUGCCCUAGUAUUAUUUGAUAUAAUAUUUACAUAUAUGUACGCAAAUAAAGCUUUUGCUGAAAAAUAAAUAAAUAAAUAAAAAUAUACAAUAAUUUUGCGUAUGUGACUUUGACAAUAUAUUUUAUUGUUUUUUUUUUUGUGUUUUUUUUUAUAUAUAUAUUGUAUAUUUUAUAGUAAAUUUUUCAAAUUAUAUUUAGACAAUAUGUAAUUUUUAGACAAUAACAAAAAAAAAUGUUCGAGAUAAUAUUUUGUGUGAUAUUUUAACAACAUUAAUUUUUUAUGGCGAUUUUUAAAUGUUUCUUAACAGUCAUAAAAUAUGUGUACUUGUCUUUACUCUAUAAAACAUUUGAAAUUUCAUAAUAAAUAUAUUAAACAAUAAUAAAUAAAUAUAUUUUUUAUUUUGUUAUUUGUACUUGCAUAUUAUAAUUUAAGUUUUUAUUUGUAAACUUCUGUUAUGUGCGCCUAAUAAAUAAAAUAUAAAAAUAAAAUAAAUAAAAAAUAUAUAUAAUAGUUAAUUUAAUAUUCCUUGCAAUUAAUACUUUAAAAGUUUUAAAUUAAUAUGAAUUAUCUUCUCUCUAACUGCUCUGGGUUGGCUGGAAAAGAUCUCUUUCAGAAAUAAACCCACUCUUGCUAACAAGUUGUUAAACCCAUCUCUGUAUCUUUUUUUCAAAUGCAAUAAAGAAUUAUUUAGUUAAAAUUAUAUAUUUAUAUAGUUGUUCUAUAAAAAAAAAAAACAAUACAAAAUUAAAUUUACUAAUUUUAUACACAUACUAUUUAGUAAUAUUGUAAAAACAAAUACACAUAUAGUCCCAACAAUAUAUUUGACAAUAAUACUUAUUCGUAAACACAUGUUAUUUAUGCACAUUUACAAUUUUAUAUUAUUUACAUUAUUCAUAUAAUGGACCAAAGGUAGUAGAAUCUAAUUUGUUACAUCUAUUUAAAAUUGAGCUUAAAUUUCUUGUAAAUAAUUGUAAAAACAUCUUUUCUCAC